CGGUCUACAUAUAUCUUAUAUGCACUGUUUUCCAUUCUGUGUAAAUGGAAAUGUCAGAGUUGCAGUUAUCGGUAUAGUUUCAAAAUCGUUGGAACAGCAACAUUUUGGAAUCAUAUCCAGAAACACGUCCAGAAUGGCGGCAAUAUGGACACGUCGCCGACGUUGAGUAUCGGUGGCUCGAGGGCGAGGGCAGCGCUUCUGACCACGAGUGGUAGCGGAACCGGAAGCACCGAUAGACGCGUCGUCUUUUUAGCGAGUCAACCGGCCGUCGGGGGCAGUCACGAGACCAAGACUUGGCCCCAUCAUUGGUCACCGCAUGCGACCGGUAACAGUUACAAAUCGCCCGAGGAGUCGCCGCAUUCGGAGCACAGCAGAUUGAGGAUGGCUCGAGGACAGGCGGGUUGGUCGGACGAGCCGUGCGCCGCGUCGUCGAGCGGCGGUCGAAGCGGGCGGCAAUCCGCGGCGAGGACGACGCCUCCGAUCCUCGAGGACCGGGCGUCCGCCACCUCGACCUGCAAAAGUGGAUUCAGAUUAGGCGUUUACGGUUGGAGGAAGAGAUGUUUGUACUCUUUGGUGCUCGCUCUGAUGGUGAUCGUGAUCCUGAACCUGGCGCUCACCGUGUGGCUGCUCAAAGUCAUGGGAUUCAGUUCGGAGGGAAUCGGCUCCCUGAAGGUGGUGCCCGGAGGGAUCGAGCUCAGAGGUCAGGCCGCCGUCCUGGAUGCCCUGGUGGCCUCCAGCCUCAGAUCCAGACGGGGAAAGAAUCUGGUUCUCGAGUCGUGGAACAACUUCACGGCGUCGGCCAGGUCGCACGAUGGCCGAUUGCUCGCCCGAUUCACAGUUGGCGAGGAUCGCGUGGACUGCGUGUCGAGAGGCUUCCGGAUAACCGACCCUCGAGGAGGAAUUCUCUUCUCGGCGGACAGGGAGCAGGUGGUGGUCGGGGCGGAGAUGUUGAGGGUGACCGGCGACGGGGGUGCCGUUUUUCAGGGCAGCGUUCAAACGCCUCUGGUCAGAGGGGAAUCUGGCCGUGGUCUCAGGCUGGAAUCAGCGACCAGAUCCCUGAAGAUCAGCGCGCCCCAACAAGUGGCGAUCGAGUCCUGGGCGAACGAGAUCUCGGCCACCUGUCUAACGGAUCUGAAACUCGAAAGCGUGCACGGAGCGAUCAAGUUGGAGGCGAAGACUCUGUUCAUGAAAGGGUUGAAGACGGCCAGCCCGACGAACCAAGGCCACUCGUCCAGGGAGCAACAGCCUCAGCAGCAGCAGCAUUCCCCGAGAACAGGGUCCUCCCCUCACCAGAGUCAAAGAGACACGACCAUUUAUCAGUUGUGUGCCUGUGCUAACGGGAAACUGUUCCUCGCCAGAUCCGAGGGGACGUGCCAAGCGGACAAAUCGAUUUGCUAAUACCUAGAACCACGAGAUCCACUACUGCCACUAUUGCUACUACCACUAUUACUACCACGCCUCGAA